CGAAGUUCGAAAACACAGGGUUUUGACCUACGACCAGAAUGUCAGCCAAUCAGCACUCGACAGGGAUUUCCCGCUAUUUUUCGUCUCCCGCUGGCCUGGUCUCUCGCGCCAACAUGGCUGCCGCGCCGUCCCUACUGAAGUUAGGGGACGAAUUUCUCACUUGGGCAGAGUUUAAGGCAGCACUGGACAACUAUCAAGAAACAACACACGCUGAGCUCAGUAAGAUCAGUAGCAAGAAGGUGGAAACUGAGAACAGGAAAUUACCUGAAGGCGUCCAAAAGUUUCCGUGUGCUCAUGUUUAUAAAGCGGUGAAGUUUGGAUGUAUUCAUUACGGGAAGCCGCGCCUGUCAGGGUCGGGAAUCCGGCCAAAUCAGUCGCAAUUCUGUAUGGCCUCCACAAGAUCAAGGGAAUCAGCAUGGAGGCAGCUCAGCAACUGAUGGAUAAGGGACCAGAGCGAUCCCCUGAAGAGACGUGGUACAGGGACUAGAAAGAGGAGGAGAAGAACCAUCCACCGGACAUUUUAGCUAGUUUUUUAAAAAAUUUUAAUUUUUUAUAUUCCACAAUCCCAGAGCCGUGGUCUUUAUUCUUUUGUCACAUGUUACAUGAUGAUAUUUACAAUAUAUACAGUAUGUUUAUUUCAAUCUAUCAGGUAAAGAAGAUCCCCCCAUUUUCUUUUUGCUUUUCCGUAUGAUAUAUUUUGCUCUAUUUUUAAGCUGGACAUAAAAUCAUUUAAGAAAACAGAGAAUGGAUCAAUUAUUUUGUAGAAGCUUUUUUCCUUAUAUAGACACCAGGUUUUAAAUAUUGCAUACUGUGCUAUACCAAUCAUAUGAUUACCUGCAUUUGUUUGUUGUAAGUUCCUUGGAAGUCC